AUGACGGAAAUUAGUUGCACUUUUUUGGUAGUUGGAGGAGGGAUAGCAGGUGUUUCCUGUGCAGAAACGCUGCUCGUUUUUGCGGAUCCUAAAGACAGCAUCAUAUUAAUUACUGAAUCAUCUUUAGUAAAGGCGGCUACCAAUCUCGUUUCGCUGGGAAAAGUUCUCACACGUUUUGAUGUUGAGGAGAAGCAAGCAACUUCGCUGAAUAGAGCCAUUCGGGUGUUGGAGGAUCAACUGAUUAGAAUUGAAAGCGAAUCCCACUUUAUUCAAACAGUUAAUGGAAACAAGAUCACAUUUCGCUAUCUUUGUCUUUGUGUGGGAGCUCGUCCUAAGUUGAUCGAGCAAGCAGCUGGUAAUCCAAACGUGAUUGGAAUCCGUGACACUGAAUCAGUAGAACAGUUUCAAAAUCGAAUCAAGGAAGCCACUCGUCUUGUGGUAGUAGGAAAUGGUGGAAUCGCAUCGGAAAUAGUAUACGAAAUGACCGGUGUCCAGGUGCAUUGGGUCAUCAAGGACGAAUACAUUAGUUCGACGUUUGUUGAUUCCGCUGCGGCGAAGUUUUUUCAAGAUCGUUUGAGUUGCAAAGGCGAACAGAAAGCCAUUAUCAAACGCAUGAGGUAUUCGGAAGAGAAAGCUGAGUCAAGCACUGCGAAACGAGGGGCUGCUCUAGGUCCGGAUUGGCAUAAAACGGUUGAUAUUUCUGGAAAGUUGCAGAAUGUGCCUGGUUCGGUGCAAAUACAUUACAAAGCCGAAGUCGAAGAAAUUCAGACACAAUCCGAAGGGUAUCCUUUAAAACUUCGCCUUACCGAUGGAGAGGUGAUUGAAUGUGACUUAGUGGUUUCUGCUACAGGAGUGAAUCCAGCGAUCAAUUUUAGUUCGGACCGAAACUUUCGCCUUGGACCCGAUGGAGGCCUAUUCGUAAAUUGGGAAAUGGCCACCUCAGUGGAUGACAUUUAUGCUGCUGGCGACGUGUGCUACGCUGGAUGGGACCAUGCUUCGCAUUGGUUUCAGAUGCGUUUGUGGACUCAGGCUCGACAGAUGGGAUCAAUGGCAGCUCGUGCCAUGGCAGCUAAGCGGGCUGGCGAAACAAUUUACCAAGAUUUUUGUUUUGAAAUGUUUAAUCACGUGACACAAUUGUUUGGAUAUCAGGUGGUUCUUUUGGGUCGCUACAAUGGACAAGGACUCGAUGAUAAGUAUGAAGUGUUGCUCAGGAUGACUCCUGGUUUGGAAUACAUCAAGCUUGUUAUGGUAGCUGGACGGCUGCAGGGAGCAAUGUUGAUCGGCGAAACGGGUUUGGAAGAAACGUGUGAAAAUUUAAUUCUAAAUCAGCUGGAUUUGACGCCGUACGGGGAAGACUUGCUGGAUCCGAACAUCGACAUCGAGGAUUACUUUGAUUAGUUUAUGUUGAAUUUUCUUUGCAAAACAGUGAGUGGUUAUAAGUAA